AUGUCCCCAAAAGCCUACGCCAAGCUCUUCAUCGUUCCCUCCCUCGCGGCGCUGACGGCGCACGGCGUCUCCUUGCGCGGCAUGGACCUCUCGAUCACGACACUGCUCGAAGAAGCAGCAGCGACACGCGACCCGCCAGCGAGCCCAAGCACGAUCCAAUGGGGCUUCUCGGCCCUGACGUCUGCCGUGGGCGCAGCCACGUCGUAUCUGCAAGGCACGCAGGCAAAGGCGCCCACAGAGCCGUCGGAUCCGUACUGGGGGCAGGACAUUGACGACAUUGUGGCCGACGCGCGAGGCGUGCCGCGCGUCAUUGAGGAGCUCGGGCGAGCAAUCUACAAGGAGUGUACCGGCACCGAGGGCAUUUUCCGGCGGACAGGGAACAGCCCGGUGCUCGCUGGACUGAGGAGUGUGCUGAACGCCCCCUUGGGGUUGCAGCCCAAGGUCGACUGGGCGCUCGUGGCCGCGCACGACCCCCUCCUGCCGCCGACGCUGCUGAAGCGGCUCCUGUCGCACCUCGGCGCGCCCAUCAUCCCCGCCUCCGUCUAUCCGACCAUCAAAAGCGUGCGCACGCCAGCAGAGAUUCGCAGCGUGUUCCUCCCCGCCCUCUCAUCCGGCCGCGCGACACUGCUAAGCCACAUAAUGCACGUCGCGCACCACCUCCUCCCCUCCGAGCCCACGACGCGCAUGACAGCCCACGCCCUAGCCGUGACACUAGCGCCGACACUGAUCAACGGCCCCGACCCGCGAGAAGACGCCGCGCUGUGUCUUGCCCCGGGCCAAUCCCUGCCCGGACUGGGCGUAAAGGCGGACGAGCAAACGCUCGUUGGUCUGCUCGAGAUGUGGAUCGAGAAGUGGGCCGAGGUGGACGGAGAGUCACCCGGGGAGGUGUGCGAGUGUGGCCUGGGGGGGAAAGAGGCACCCCCGAGCCCCAUUGCGCUCGGCGCCCGCGGCGGGCAGACGAGGAGCAGUAUCGCUGAACCCGUCGCCUCAUAG